CUGCUGUAAACAGGGCUAUGAAUAUGUAUGUUCUAGAAAACUGCUUAUUUAAAUUUGUAUAAAAAAUCUUCUGCAAGGGAGAAUAUUGAUUCUUGUUGAAUUUAACAAAAUAUGACUACUCUUUUUCUAUUAUAUUUGAAAACUUCAUUGUUUAAAGCCCUUUCAUUAAUUGUUUUAUUCUGAAGGUUGCAGGGUGCUGUGGGCAAUAUGUGCAACUUACUUCAACUGUUAUCAGAUGAUAAUUAAAUGUAAAUAAUCAUAUCUAGCUUGAAAUGCCUGUGUAUAAAGGGUAGAUCAUCACUUCAGAUAAUGAUUUUAGUUUCAGAGCUGUUUUUUUUCAAUGCCAUUUGAGAGCACUGUCUUAUUGUGUAUUAUAUCACAUUACCUACCAUAGCCUGACAUUUCCAGAUACUGAAACUAACACUAUUGCGCAGGUCAUUCAGCAGUGCUCCUCCCUGCAGCUCCUCUCUCCAAUAGUCUCUGUCAGCAGCUGACUCCUCUCAUUACGUGAAGGGGGCGUAGUGAUUUUACGCAGGAUGACGGAACCCGGACAGCGGUGGACUCUUGUGCCGGGUGUCGGUCUUUACACGACAAGCACGUAUUCUAUCUGAGAUAGUUUUACUUUUUAACAUUUAUUACGUGUUAAUAAUACACACUCUCCUGACAAUGAGCGUCUGAAGCGUAUUUUGUUGCAGCCGUUCGAACACGUCCAGUAUCAGUGAUGCCACGGAGACCUUCAGACGGAGAUGAUGCGCGUAACGUUCAGCUAGGUUAACUUCAUAUUAAACACAACAUUUAACUGAAGCUAUAAUAAUUAGAUUUUGUGGUAAUAACAGUAGAAGGAUGUGGGAGGCCUUUUUGAGGCAGGUCCGCCGUUUCCCAUGGGUCACCAACGUGACACUGUACGGCGGUCUGUUCGCCGGGGGGGACUUUGUGCACCAAUGGUUCUCUCACCGGGACCAGGUGGACUGGACUCACACACGAAACGUCGCCGUGGUCGCGUUCAGUUUCCAUGGUAACUUCAAUUUCUUCUGGAUGCGGUUCCUGGAGAGGAGGUUUCCCGGGAACUCUGCCGGGAUGGUGAUGAGGAAGCUUUUACUGGACCAGACCACAGCGGCGCCACUGGCCACCAGCGUCUUCUAUACAGGUGUCAGCUUCUUGGAGGGCAAGGAGGACAUAACAGAAGACUGGAGAGAGAAGUUCUUUAACACUUACAGGACGGGGCUAAUGUUCUGGCCGUUCAUGCAGUUUCUGAACUUUGCCUUAGUGCCCCUGUACGUGAGGACCACCUUCACCGGCUGCUGCGCAUUCGUCUGGGCCACCUUCCUUUGCUUUUCUCGUCAGAGUGGUGACGGCACGGCUGGUGCUGCUUUAGCAUGGAUUUUCCCUCCCAAAGAGGGUGACAAAGAAUCCUCAGAGGAGACUUCAGAAUCUAAAGGGAAGAUAGAUACUCCAAAAGAGGCAACAGUAGCAUCUAAACCUACCCAGAAGUGAAGUUUUCAUGGAGGGGGACACAAUGUGAAUGGAAGAAGCCUGAAAAGGCCACUGUGCCAGGCUGUUGCACUAUCACUGCCAGGGUCAGAGUCCUCUCUUAAAUAAGAGUGUGCUUCCUAAUGGUGCUGUUAGAUGGUUUAGGAAACAGUGUCCAGCAACUGGAUUGGAAUGUGCAGUACAUUUUUCUAUGAUUACACAGCAUAUCAACUCAGAGGGAACAUGUAACUCAGUCCUCGUCCUCUACCCCACAUCAAGCCAUCUUUGUGCAGUAUUUUUUGUUAGGUUCCAUUCUUUGUAACAUAAAUGCAGUCUUGUGUUCCCACGUUUAGAAAAACAAAGCUCCCUUAUUCAACUGGACAAGGCUUAAUGUUAUUGCAUUAAUGUCUGAGGACAUCAGAGGUUGUGUUGUUGAGUGAGUGAUCCACAUUCCUCUGAUUGACAUCAAAAUGUAACACUGGAAGGAUAGUGGGCGAUAGAUAUUGCCUCAAUGUGGACUGGCAGCUACAAUAUGAACUUCAUGAAACUUGGUAGAAUUCUUCUUCUAUAUCAAUUACUCUUUAAUAGAAAAAGUGAGACUGUUAUGUGUGACCACAUCAGGGUGCCUAAUUUCAAAGGAUAUCAGCUUUGCUUCAUGGUACUAUACAUGAACACAGAUACCAAUAACGUGUGCCAAAAACAAUGUUAUAUUCAAUUUAUCUGCUGUUCAUUUAGAGGUAGGUACUUCAUCCAUCAUUGGCCAUGAUGAGAGUAGCAGCUAAAAACUCAAGACAUAUCUGAAAAAACCCAUUUGACUGAUGCGUUUAAACUGUUAGCCCACAUAUCGUGGUAAUGUGAUACUACUGAAGAUUGCUUUAAGUUUGUUUCAUAAUGAUCAAUGAAGGUUGUCUCAAGCAUCCGUCUACUUGAAUUUGAAACACGUCCCGUUUGUUUUCAUGCUUCCUGUCAACAUGAUAGAGUGAGUCGUUUCCUCUUUGUACCAUUUCCUAAUUUUUUAACAGUUUGCAUCUUUGACGUUUUGUUUAUUUGAACUGUGGAAAUUAUUACUCUUUAACAUUUAUUGUUAAAAUGCAAAUGUCAGAUGCCUCAGCCAUUUUCUUCAGUCAUUUUCUGAAUAGAUGUUAUGUCAGCACAAGAGCCAACUGUUAUUGCUGUAUUCUGUAAAGAACAAAUUACUUCUCAGGCAGAUUAAUAACAAAACUCCUCUUCAUUAA